CCCAACAGCAAGGCUCAAAGUUAACAUACAAUUCAUAUUUUGAGCUUUAAUAAAUAUUUUCUAAUAAUAAUAAUCAUCAUGUCCGUUUCCAAGCAAUUAGAACAAACAUUUGUGCUUGAAGAAAUUGGACAAACUAUCACAUUGGAUUCAUCCCAACUCGUGCGUGAAAUCAAAAACUAUCCAAUUAUUUAUGACAAUAAUUCACGCCGGGAUCAAACAUCAAUUUUUCUAGCAUGGGAAAGUAUUUGCACAAAAAUGAUACCAAGAUUUCCGUCUAUGUCUGAAAAUGAUAAAAUAGCAACAAGAAAACGCUUGAGAGAUCGUUGGAGCUAUAUGAGAUCUACAUUUCGACGGGACGUUUUGAAUGACAAUAUUCAUUGCCACAAUCAUCUUGAUUGGAUACAAGAGCUCAACUUUUUGGUGCCAAUAUUAACCAGAACUGCUGCAACAUCGAACACCACAAAAAACUCUCGUCGUCAUGGUAAAUAUAAAAAUUGCUUCAACAAAAAGAAAACAAUUCCUCAAAAAACUACAUCAACAAUAACAAAGACAACAACCACAUCAAAUUCAAAUAAUCAUUCUUUGCAAUUAUGUUCGUCAACUUCUGAAACUGCUGUUAUCACCGAAAACUCAGAAAUUGUUGCUGUUAGCAUAACUACAGAAUCAUCAAUAUGCGAUACUGUAAUAUCUUGUGAUUCAAGUUCCUCCUCUGACAACUCAUCAACAGCUUCUUUAGACUUAAUCAAAUCAAAUCCAAUGCAAACAACAGCUCCUCUAGAUGAAAAUUCUCACAAUGAUUUAUUGGUGCAAACAUUUAUGUCUACACUUAAUUCAGAAUCUGUCAUAGCAUCAAUUGUUGAUCCGGAUCAAAUAUUUUUAUUAACUUUAUUGCAAAACUAUCGCUUAGUUCGCAGUGAUAAAAAAGAAGCAUUACAACACAAAUUUUAUACUUUCUUAAGAGAUUAA